GUUGCCAGGACAGAAUCAAGCCGCGUCUCCUUUUCCGCUACAUUCGCGUUCUCCGAACUCCCUUUUUCAAAACCCUCUCUACUCCUGCUCCUUGGCGCCGGCCAUGGCGGCUGCUGCCCGAUCUCUUGCCGGUGUCGAAGUCCCGGUGCUCGGUAGUGACAAAGUGCAGUGGAUCGAACUCGCGGUCCCUUCUUCUGCCUCUUCUGCGUUGGCCCCUCAAGUUCCAUCUCAAUCGGUCAGUGGCGCCGCCUUAACUCCCAGGGACGCCGCAGGAUGCCACGCGGUAGAAGAGGGCGAAACCAAGACCUAUCUUAUCUGGAGGUUUCACAAGGAUUCUCCCAAUACCCUUGAGGUUAUUGAAGUCAUUUCAUGCAAUGGUUUUCCUCAAACUGGAUUGCGUCUUGUAUUUCAGGAUGCACUCUGUCCAUCUACUUACCUGUGCAAGAAUGUGAUAAGAAGUGGCUCUGGCUCAGAGAAUUCAUACUCACUCUAUGGACUGACAGUAUCUGGUGUUGCUUAUCUUCUCAAUUUGAGAAAGUCAUUUCCUUAUAUUUCUGGUUCAAACUUCCCUCAGAGUGACUAUAGGGAGUUCAAUGUUGUGAGUCCUGCACAAGUCACAGCAAUGGCAGUAACAUCAGCAUGCUUAGCAACUGGGUAUCAAGAUGGUGUUGUUCGAUGUUUCCAAUUCGGGAUACUGGAUCCUGAUGCACCAGGUUUUGUGUUUGAGCUUCGUGAUGAUGUGGGAAUUGGUCGAUUGUGGAAUUUCGUGUCAAGAGGAAAGGCUGUUGCUGCUGUGCAAGAUAUGGCUAUAUGUGAAGUGUGUGAAAGAAAGCUGUCAUUUGUGCUUCAUGCUGAUGGUUUCUUGCGCAUGUGGGAUCUUGCUAGUCACACCAAGCUUGCCGGUUACAACACAUUCUCACAUGAGCUUGAAGGAAGUAAACCAACCAGGUUAUGGGUCAGCGAAGUUGAUUAUGAUGCAAACAUUAUUUCUUUGGCAGUUUUGCAUGGGCAAUUUUUGGUAUCGGAUAUUGAGGUGAUUGUUGUUUACCAUUUUGGUUUUGAUGCUGAAGAUAAUGUUCAAGUCUCAUCCAAACCAUCUAUACAGAGCAUUCGUUUAGAGGAGGGGAAACUAAUUGACUUGAAGUUUUGUGGUGGUAAGCUCUGGAUAUUGAAAGGAGAUGGGUCAAUGCUAUAUGAUCUCUCUCAGUAUGAUUUUGAAACGGAAGAUACAUCUGUGUAUGGUUUGCAAGAAGACUUUGUUGCUGAGCAGCUAUUUCAGAGUUCUGAACAUGCUUUAGAUGAUUUGCUAUGGACUGAUCAUUCUGUUCUUUCUUCAAUGAAGGAUCAAGAUGCUAAUUUUGUUUCAUCAAUUUUUUUGCGAAGAUUGCUGCAACCUGGCAUUUAUCAUACUUCUGCUCUGCGUGCCACUUUACUAGAGCACAAGAAAUACAUAUCUGAAUAUGAGUUCCAUUCUCUUACAUUGGAUGGGUUGAAAAAGGAGAUUUUUGCAAUAAUGGAAGGGGAGGGAACUGCUAACAACACAGUUGCAACAGUUCAUUUCUGGAAGUCCUUUUGCACGCAAUUUUUACACCACUGGUGUCAAUACAGUGCACCAUAUGCUGUCUUUGUUGAUGCUUCAAUGGAUGUAGUUGGUUUGAUCAGGAAAAACUCAAUUUCUUUAUUCCGAUCUUUGGAGGGAAUUGAACAGCUUAUAUAUGGGUUUUCUGAUGAAUUUCACAAUCGACGAAGUUCUUGGACACAAGACAAAGAUAUUGAUUCUGAACUACUACUUGAAAUGCUUAGAUGCAUGAGCUACAUAAGCCAUCAAUUAGGCGGAGCUGCUAGUGCAUUAUACUAUGAAUCUGUUGUCAAUCCCGUCACCUCAUCAGAAGAUAUACUUUCUCAGCUAUUAAAGAUUAUAGAAUAUGGAUAUUCUUCUUCAAUGACACCUCUUAUACAACAAAUUGGAAUUGAUGCUACUUGGACAAGUCAACAAACAGCUCACAGAAGUCAGAGGAAAUUUGCAGUUGAUAUGUUGAUCUCUCUGAAUUCAUUAUGUUCAAGAGCAACCAACUGGGCUGGGGUUUUAGAUACCAUAGAGAAGUUCCUGACCUAUUUGGACCUGCAUAGUACCAUUAAGACAGUUGAUUCAAAAUCCAUCUACAAUGUCAAUUCUGUCCUAUUGAUCCAGGCUACAUCACAAGUCGCAAGAGUGAUGUUUGAGACUGCCUUUGAUUCACUAUUACUGCUUCGCUAUUUGAUCAACAUCAGUGCACAGGUAAAUCUACCACAGGUGGACAAGAAUAGAAUAAAGGUCAAAUUAAUUCCAGCAAUUCAGGAAGUAAUUAUUAAAUGGCUUGUGAUCCAUUUUAUGGGAACUGUACCAACUACACAGCAGUCUUUGGAGGAUUUUGGUUCUCGUCUUUCUUUACUGAAUAUAGGUACCAAAAUGGUUAGGCCUUGGAAUGGAAAACUAGGUUCAGCUGAUUUUACAUUGGCUUGUCUACUUGAGUUCCCAAACUCACUUGAAGGAUUGGAAGUUCUUGAUUCAACCUCUUUGCCUGACCUUAGCAAAUUAAACCAAUUAGUGCACAAUUUCUGUAGUUCAUUUUCAUCAAGCUUCACUGUUGUUGAACACACUACCUCAAAUCUCAUAAUUGAACUAGCUUCACUUCUGCUCCACCAUGGGCAAUAUGUGGCUUCUGAGAACCUAUUUGUAAUUAUGGAUCACUAUUCAAGAAGUAGAAAGCAUUCUAUCAGUACUCAAAUAUCAGAUGGUGAAUUGAGUGCAUGUCAUCAUCUUCUGGGAUAUUGUCUUGUUCUUUCACAAAGUACUCUACAAGGAGUCCCAAAAGAGCAAAAGCUGCAUGAAUCUCUGUGCUCUUUCUUCAGAGCUGCAUCUGGUGCUGAAUCUCCAAAGUAUUUGAAAAACCUCUCUUUUCAAACUGGAUUCCAGUAUCCUGAGGAAUGUGAAUCAGGAGCAAUCUGGAAACUUCAUUACUAUCAAUGGGCAAUGCGUCUGUUUGAGCAAUAUGGUGCGAGUGAAGGAGCUUGUGAGUUUGCUCUAGCUGCACUUGAACAAGUUGAUGAAGUCUUGAAAAACAGUAAUAAUGCACUUCCUGAAUAUGAGACAGUUCGAGGGCAAUUAUGGGCAAAUGUCUUUAGAUUCUCACUAGAUCUGAAGCAUUAUAGGGAUGCCUACUGUGCAAUAAUUUCAAAUCCAGAUGAUGAGAGCAGAUACAUUUGCUUACGCCGUUUUGUUAUUGUACUUUGUGAGAAUUGUGCUACAAAGGUUGCUUGUGAUGGUGGGCUCCCAUUUGUUGGAUUGCUGGAAAAAGUAGAACAGGAGCUUGUUUGGAAGGCUGAACGUUCAGAUGUGUUUGCAAAGCCAAACAUAUACAAACUAUUAUAUGCUUUUGAAGCUAAUCAAAAUAAUUGGAGAAAGGCUGCUGGCUAUAUGUAUCGUUAUUCUAUUAGACUCAAGAAAGAGGCUAACUUGGACGGAAGCCACCAAUAUUCUUCAGUGUUGCAAGAAAGGUUAACUGCCUUGUCUUCCUCAAUCAAUGCUCUGCAACAGGUUGAUCAUGCUUAUGCUUGGAUGGAAUCUCAGUCUGGGAAUGACCAUACAAAUUAUCAGAUGUCACCAAAUAAAAGACCUCGAAUUGUCUUGUCAAAAAUCUCUAGUGACUCCAAUGAGGCCUCAGGCAUAAACUGUGCAGUAGAUAUUGAAAUGCUCGAGAAGGAAUACAUUCUAACUAAAGCUCAACAUAUUCUUUCACUUGUCAGUAGUAAAUUUAAGUUUUCAGGAAAACAAAUGCUUGUCAACCUUGUGGAUAUUUUGAUCGAGGAAAAUAUGUAUGACAUGGCAUUUACCAUUAUUGUCAACUUCUGGAAGGGUACAAAACUUCAGUGGGAGUUGGAGCGCGCUUUUGUUGCAAUCUCUCAAAAAUGUUGUUCGAAUAGAGUUGGACCUACGGUCAUAGUGAGCAAUGUCGAUACUAAUAAUCAUCUGUUGGGAUAUUCUGAGGAGGAGACAUAUUCCGAAGGCAAAAUUAUUGCUAGCUCGAAUUUUCAUAAAAUUCCGGGAACUGACCACUGGGAAACACUUGAGCAGUAUCUUGAAAAAUAUAGAAAGUUGCAUCGAAGAUUACCAAUUAUUGUUGCCGAAACAUUUCUGCACACUGAUCCGCAGAUUGAGCUUCCUCUUUGGUUAGUUCACAUGUUCAAGGGUGGAGGAAAAGUUUCCUGGAGCAUGACCGGCCAGGAACCAGAUCCUGCAACAUUGUUCAGACUGUAUGUUGACUAUGGUCGGCUUGCUGAAGCUACAAAUAUGUUGCUAGAGUACUUGGACCUAUUCUCAUCCAUGAGAACGACUGACUUGAUUAAUCGGAAAAGAAUGACAGCGACAUGGUUCCCAUACAUGACCAUUGAGCGCUUGUGGUACCAAUUAGAGGAGAUGCGAAAGUCUUGCCAUAUGGUUGAUGACUGUGAUAGACUGAAAAAAAUGUUGCAAGAAGCUUUGAUGAAACACUUACAGCAGGUACAAAUAGAUUCGGAGGAUGCUAUAGCCGCAGCAUCUGCAAGCAAAAUGCAAUCAUAGCCGUUAAACUCUUGAAAGAAUGCAUAUCUGGCUUGUAUAUGUCUAUUUCUGUAGAUUUGCUCCUGAUGUGGAUAUACUUUGUUGCUUGAUUGCAGUAUUCCUUGAAGAAUAGGUUUGCUGGUAUAAGAAUAGGUCUCCUAUUCAUUAUACUAGAAAUGCUAAUGAUCCUUUUUGGCCUUUUAAUCAUAUUGUAAAGGACAUUUGUGGUAGGGCGUUUUUGAGUAGGGAAAUGGUGUAAUGAAGGCAGGGAUGAUAAGUCGGUUGUGUUGUUGUAGGUAAACUUAUAAUUAGGAAAGGUGUGGGGUUUCUACUAUUGGCAUUGAGAAGUGUUGUACUCUUAUCUAAUAGCGAUCGAUUGAAUGGAAUACUUUUGUAGUUUUCUUGCA